AUGGACGUCGCCGUCGCGGUCGCCGCACCUACAACUAAUCUUUACGGGCAAGACCUCGUGAGUUUCCAGUCGAAGCUUGGCAUUCUCGCUCCGUCCACCUGGCUGUCUCACCCCGCCGACGAGCUUUUAAUGCUCGGCAUCGACGGCUUGCCUUUCACCAAGGAGGCUGGCGACACCGACAUCGCCCUCGUCGAUCGGAGUUUUCUCCAUGUCGGACAGGCCGUGGUAUCGGCAUCGGACGUCGGCGGCCAGAUCGGCGUCGUCACCGGCGUCACCACAACGCUCGACCUCGUGGACCGUGGCGGCGAGGCGACAGGGGAAGUCAUCGGGGGCCUGCCGCCCUCUGCUGUGCGGCGUGUCAGGGCGCUCAGCCUCGGGGAUUACAUCGUGUCUGGGCAAGGGCAGUGGCUGGACCGCGUGGUUGAGGUGUCCCUAGACGUGGACGUCGUGUUCGACGACGGCGCUAUCUGCAGGGUCACGGACGCCGAGUCCCCAACCAUGCAGCUAUGGCCGGCGGAGAGCACACCUGGUCUUCACCGCCAACAGACGAACGUCACCUUCUACCCGGGGCAGCGCGUCACCUCCGGUGACCCCUCAGUCGUCUUCAGAGGGGCGCGGUGGCUAAGUGGCCACUGGAGGACGAGGCAUGAAGUGGGGACGGUGACCAAGGUGGAGAUGGCCGGCGUCCUUGUCCACUGGAUCGCGUCCGCGUACGGGGACACCGACGAGCAAUUCCACCACGAGUCCGCUCCUCCAGCUUACCAAAACCCUGAGAACCUAACGUAUUUCUGCUGCGCGUACGAGUGCAGCUGGGGACCGUCGCCGCCGUCAUUAACCGCUCCAGUGGACAAGGAGGAGAGAUUCUACCGCAAACAGCUGAGGAAGCCCAUGUUCGUACGGCAUAGGGGGCGGGCGCGACGAGGCUACCAGCCGCCGGAACCGCUGCGCACCAUGACCGUCUCCCGCACUCGCACCACCGUCGAUGUGUUGUGGCAGGACGGCACGCGACAACACGGGGUGCCGUCGACGUCCCUCAACCCCUUCGAGAUGAUGAACGAGCACCAGGUCUUCCCUGGGCAGUAUGUCAUCGACGCUCGAGAAGACGACGACUUCACGGCGGAAUCAACCGAGCGGCUUAUCGGUGUCGUCAGGAAUCUAAAUUCCAAGGACCACACGGCGCAUGCGGCGUCCGGAUGGUGGGAGGUGGAAUGCGACGACGACAAGGCCGUUAGUGUGUAUGAUCUAGGCAGGGACCCUGACCACUCCGUUUUCUAUGGGGACGUCGUUGUUCGUACACUAUCAUCAAACGUGAGUGGAAAUAAUGCACGGCAACCACAGGUCCUCGAUCUGUCAUGGGUUGGUCGUGUUGUUGACUUGAGUGACGGCCACAUCCAAGUCAAGUGGGGCAACGACACCACGUCAAUGGUAUUACCCCAUGAGAUCACUGUUACCAGCAAGGAACACUACAGCGAACUGCAGGCUGAAAUGGGCGACUGGCUGGAGGAGGACAGCGUUGAUAAUCAUCAAGAAUCUGGUGCUGCUGAUGUGGACAAUGAUCCAACAGAUGCUAGGAACAUCCAAGGAGCGAGGGUUGAAGACGGUGGCAGUUCUGCUAAUGAAUCAGAUGGUCAUGCCGCUAUGAGAACAAACCGGUUGGGUGGUGGCAUCCAGUCCAUGAUCCGGUCGGUGAUUCAAGUGUUGGCUCGAGCCAAGUUGUAUCUUGUCAAUCACACAUCGACGUCAAUCUCGGAUUUGCCAGCUGCGACCAUGCACAAUGUUGUUGAAGUGUCUGCGCAUGUAGCCGUGGGUGGUAGUCAGGUAGAUCCUAGCAUCGAGGGCGCUGUCACGGAGGUCGUCUUUUCUCCAAUGACAAGAAGCGAUGAGAAUGGCGACGGUGAUGUCGAGGAUGCGGUGAGGUCGGGAGAAGCCACCACUGGUGACGAUGACACGUUAAAAUUCCCAAACUUUGACGUAGUGCAGAGUCCUCCGGACCACCAUUACCUUGAGACCAUGGACCAGGGCAGCAGUAACGGAGGAAAAAGUUGGGUUAAGACGGUUCAGAAAGAGUGGAAAAUACUCGAGGAUAGCUUACCAGAUACCAUCUACGUGCGGGCGUACGAGGACCGGAUGGACCUGCUCCGGGCGGCCAUGGUGGGCGUCAGCGGGACGCCGUACCAGCAUGGGCUCUUCUUCUUCGACCUGCAGCUGCCGCCCUCCUAUCCUGCCGUGCCACCCCAGGUGUACUAUCGCUCCUUCGGCCUCCGCCUGAACCCAAACCUAUACCCCUCCGGCACAGUGUGCCUCAGUCUGCUAAACACCUUCGGCGGCGAGGGCACCGAGGUCUGGUCGCCGGGGACGUCAAGCCUGCUCCAGGUUGUCGUCUCCCUCCAGGCGCUCGUCCUCAACGGCCAGCCUUACUACAACGAGGCCGGCCACGAGACACUGGUCGACACGCCGGAGGGCCGCCGCAAUGCACUGCCCUACAGCGAGAAUGCCUUUCUACUUACUCUCCGAACCGCGCUGCACCUGCUUCGUCAGCCGCCGCGAGGCUUUGAAGGGUUCGUCACGGACCACUUCCGCCAGCGGGGGAGGCACGUGCUCAUGGCGUGCGAGGCGUACCUGCGGGGAUGCAUUCAUGCCGAUGAAGCGGGCAUGGAGCUGCCUUGCUCCACUGGCUUCAGGAUCGCGCUUGCCAACUUGGUGCCUAGACUCGUGGCCGCCUUCACAAACAUGGGCACUCAAGGGUAG